CAGCCAACUGCCGAAUUCAUUAGCUUCCGUGGGCAUAUUGUGAAUAAAGGUGUAUUGAAUUCACGAAGUUCCCUCUUGACGCCUGUCAUCAGGACCUCAUCCGAGCAUGAAUGGUGGAAUGAAAGUGACGGAGUUGUCACCGUGCUGGGGGUGCUGUUGGCUGCUUGGCCGGGACGGUGUAGCGUGGGUACUGUCCUGCCCCCAGACUGCAGCCGGUUCCUGUAUCAGGGCCGCGCCCCCACCGGGCUGGAGCACGCCAACUUGCUGUACAUCUGCCAGCGUCUGGCUGGGCAGCCGCGGUUCCUCACGCUGUACGACACGCUGAACCGCGUCCCCGUCUACUCCGCCUACCGCUUCAGACAGUCUGCCGGCCUCAAGCGCGCCGAUGCCGCCUGGAUGUACGAGCCUCAGCUGUCUGGUGUGUCGGGUUUGGGGGAGAUGCAGCCGAUCCCCCUGGAGGGCCUGCCGGACGGUGUUGAGGGGUCCCAGGCAGUGCUGGAGGACUACUCUAACAGCGUGGCGUUUGGGCGGGGGCAGCUGAACCCGGACGCGCACCAGGCUGACCCCUGGGACAAGGCGGCCACGUACACGCUCACCAACGUGGUGCCGCUGAACCGGACCUUCAGCACUGGGCCCUGGAGCCAGCAGGAGCACCGCGUCCGCAAACGGCUCAACAACUACUGCCGCGGCCCCGCCUACAUCGUUACCGGGGUGACCACCUCCGGCCGGGCCAUCCGGCGCCGCGUCGCCGUGCCGACCUACCUGUGGUCGGCGUACUGCUGCCCGGACUUCGACCGCAGCGCCCCCCCGGAGGAGCGGGCCAGGCUGCCGGCCUUCGCCGCUCGCGGGCGGAACCUUCCGGGAGGCUGCGUCUCUGAGCUCAGCCUGGCCCGUCUGCAGGACUUCCUCCGGACCUCCACCUGCGUGCACCAGAGCUUCCAGAUCUUUCAGCACGACUGCGUCCCGUCCCCCUCCCCCCUGAGCUAGCGCUGCCCCCUCCCCCCUCCCUGCGUCCUGUCCCCCUCCCUGCGUCCCAUCCCCGUCCCCCCUCCCCCGUCUGCGUCCCAUCCCCCUCCCCCCUCCACUAGCUGCUCCCCUCCCUGCGUCCCGUCGCCCUCACCCCUCCGUUAGCGCUGUCCCCCCCUCCGCUAGCCGCCCCCCCUCCCCCGGAUCUAGCUGUGCCCCUUUCCAGCUGAUAGAACUCUCAGACCCUAAAUAUCUUCUGUACUCCAGCUGUUAUGUAGUGAUGUUGGUUGUGUCUGUGUUUGUAGAGUGAUGGAUGUGCUUUUAAACUCAAUAAAAGUUCACUCUUAA